AGUAUCGUUGAUUUGAAUAAGGAGAGUGCAAGAUAAAAACAAAAUGAACAUGGAGCUAACUCCCAAGUUUCCGGUAACUUUCGACGAGACCGAAGGUGGUGGAUACUACAACUGGGCCGCUGCCGACUCUCCGGUGCUCGGUGAAGCCAAAGUUGCAGCUGGUAAGCUUGUAUUGAAGCCACGGGGCUUUGGUCUUCCACACUAUUCGGAUUGCCCCAAAAUAGGUUAUGUUCUUGAAGGUGUGUGUGGAGUUGGAUUAACGAUGCCAGGAAACACAAAAGAGACGAUGAGUUUCAUUGGAAUUAAGAAAGGGGACGUUAUCCCAAUUCCAUAUGCAUCAGUUUCAUGGUGGUACAAUUAUGGAGAUUCUGAUGUGAUUAUAGUGUUCUUAGCUGAUGCAACCAAUGCUUAUAUUGCCGGUGAAAUCACCUAUUUCUUGUUAACCGGACCUCUGGGAUUCAUAGCAGCUUUCUCACCUGAAUUCAUUGCCAGAACUUACCAAAUCAGUGUUCAAAAGGCUGAAAAACUAGCAAGUAGUCAAAAGGGGGUCUUUCUCCUCAGGCUCGAUGAAGAACAAGCUGAAACCAUCCCCGAACCGACCAAGGAGCUCGGAAACAUUUGGACCCGAAACAUCGAAGCUUUGUCUCCCGACGUUGAAGUCGACAAUGGUGGCAAAUCCACCAUCUUAAAGGGUAGUCAAUUUCCUCUACUUGAACAAGUGGGGCUUACUGUCACUCGUUUAGUACUCGCACCCAAAGCCACAAGGGCACCAUCCUACGCAUCUCAUCCACGGAUGUUCUACGUUGCUAAAGGAACCGGUAAAGUACAGAUUGUGAGUCUCCAAGGCAGACUUGUACUCGACACCGAAGUCGAGACCGGCCAAUUAUUUGUGGUGCCGAAAUUGUUCAUGGUUACUAUAUCAGCCGAGGAAGAAGGCAUAGAAUUGGUCUCGGUUGUAACAUCUUCAAGAGCCCUGAUAGGAGAAUUGGGAAGUAAAAGGUCCGUUUUGAAUACGGUUCCCUCGGUUGUGCAAGUCAGCCUUAAUGUGACCGGAGAGCUAACUCAAUAUUUCAUGCAGAAGAUGGAGAUCGGCACCGUUAUUGUCCCUGCUAUGAACUUGCACCCUUCUUAAAAGCCGAUGACGAUAACUUAUGGUUGUGCAAUUUGGGUUUCAAUAAAAUGCAUUAUAUGUUUAGAAUAAAGCGGUUUAAACCUUCUAUUUAUUUUUAUUUUAAUCCCGUUUAAUAUUAAAUCAUAAAUGAAAAGGAAACACUUAUGCAUUA